CCCCGAUCUCGUCUCUCAGGCGGAAGAGCGGGAGCGUCGUUUCCUCACUUGUUCUUCGUGUCCGAUCUGGUUUUGGUCAGGGAGAGCAGCAAUGGCGAAAGAAUCAUCGUCGAAGUUGGUCCCGGGCACGCCAUUGCUGAAGGACGAGCUCGACAUCGUGAUCCCGACGAUAAGGAACCUGGAUUUCUUGGAGAUGUGGCGGCCCUUCUUCCAGCCGUACCACCUCAUCAUCGUGCAGGACGGCGAUCCGAGCAGGACGAUCAAGGUGCCGGAGGGGUUCGACUACGAGCUCUACAACCGCAAUGACAUCAACCGCAUCCUGGGGCCCAAGGCCGCCUGCAUCUCCUUCAAGGACUCCGCCUGCCGCUGCUUCGGCUACAUGGUCUCCAAGAAGAAGUACAUCUACACCAUCGACGACGACUGCUUCGUCGCUAAAGAUCCCUCUGGUAAGGAGAUCAAUGCGCUUGAACAGCACAUAAAGAAUCUCCUUACCCCUUCUACUCCCCACUUCUUCAACACCUUGUAUGAUCCCUACCGUGAUGGAGCAGACUUUGUUCGCGGAUAUCCUUUCAGCCUUCGGGAAGGUGCGCCAACGGCUGUUUCUCAUGGCCUUUGGCUUAACAUACCUGACUAUGAUGCUCCGACCCAGCUCGUCAAGCCUCUUGAGAGGAACAAGAGGUACGUCGAUGCAGUUCUCACCAUCCCUAAGGGAACUUUGUUCCCGAUGUGCGGAAUGAAUCUGGCCUUUGACCGAGAACUUAUUGGCCCUGCAAUGUACUUUGGACUUAUGGGUGAUGGCCAGCCUAUUGGGCGCUAUGAUGACAUGUGGGCUGGAUGGUGUACCAAGGUAAUCUGCGACCAUUUGAGAUUGGGAGUUAAGACGGGAUUGCCUUACAUCUGGCACAGCAAGGCCAGCAACCCUUUUGUGAACCUGAAGAAAGAGUACAACGGUAUCUUCUGGCAAGAGGAGGUGAUCCCAUUCUUCCAGUCUGCUGUCCUUUCCAAGGACUGCACCACCGUCCAGAAAUGCUACAUCGAACUGUCCAAACAGGUGAGUGAAAAGCUCGGCAAGAUCGACCCUUACUUCAACAAGCUUGCGGAUGCGAUGGUUACUUGGAUCGAGGCCUGGGAUGAGCUCAACCCACUGAAAGAGGCUGCCGGAGUGCCCAAUGGCACGGUCAAAGGGAAGUAGAACAGGCAAUGUAGACAUAUCUACCAUUUGCUUUCUUUGUAGUGAUGCUAAUUGUGUGAACCCUCGGUUAUGCACUUUGCAGUUUGGUGAUCUUUUUUUUUUCUUCUUUUCUUUAGUGUUCGACUUAGACAAUAAUAUGUUCUAUCUCUUGUGAAAAUUCAGGUUCCUUGCAGUUA